GUCAUUCGUCAACAGGGGCUGCUGGAUAAACGCUGUUUAUUAUGAGAGUCACCUGACAGGGGCGCCAGAAAAGUGCGUCAUAGGAACGCAGCGCGGCGCCUUCACCCUGCGUGAAUUAAAUCGGAGCUGGCAAUGCCUGGAUUUGAUUUUCCAGCUAUUUUUAUUGUUUAAUCUGUGAAUGGCGCCUAAACAGGACCCUAAACCUAAAUUUCAAGAAGGUGAACGAGUGCUGUGCUUUCAUGGGCCAUUGCUAUACGAAGCUAAGUGUGUAAAAAUCAAUAUCAAGGACAAACAAGUGAAAUACUUUAUUCAUUACAGUGGAUGGAAUAAGAACUGGGACGAAUGGGUUCCUGAAAGCCGUGUGCUUAAAUAUGUGGACAGUAACCUGCAGAAACAGAAAGAGCUUCAGAAGGCAAAUCAAGACCAUUAUGUUGAGGGAAGGAUGAGGGGUGUCGCACCGAGCAAGAAAAUCGCUGCUGUGCAGCAAAAAAAUGUAGAUGUAAAAACAAAGAAGAACAAGCAAAAGACGCCAGGGGCUGGAGAGGGCACUAGCACUGGGGACAUGCCUCACCCCCCACGCAAGAAGAGGGCACGUGUUGACCCGACUGUGGAGAGUGAGGAGACUUUUAUCAACAGAGUAGAAGUAAAGGUAAAAAUUCCUGAAGAAUUAAAACCAUGGCUGGUUGAUGACUGGGACCUGAUUACGAGACAGAAGCAGCUUUUUCACUUACCUGCAAAAAAGAAUGUGGAUGCUGUCCUGGAGGACUAUGCAAAUUACAAGAAAUCAAGAGGAAACUCUGAUAACAAGGAAUACGCAGUGAACGAAGUAGUUGCCGGAAUCCGAGAGUACUUCAACGUGAUGUUGGGUACUCAGCUUCUCUACAAGUUUGAGAGGCCGCAGUAUGCAGAGAUCCUCGCAAACCAUCCAGAUACAUCCAUGUCUCAGAUUUAUGGGGCGCCGCACCUGCUGAGACUUUUUGUGAGAAUUGGAGCAAUGCUGGCCUACACACCUCUGGAUGAAAAGAGUCUAGCUCUGCUUCUCAGCUACCUGCAAGAUUUUUUAAAGUAUUUGGUGAAGAAUUCAUCGUCUCUGUUCAGUGCAAGUGAUUAUGAGGUUGCACCUCCAGAAUAUCAUCGCAAAGCUGUGUGAGGUCGGAGCCUGAGAGGACGUUUGGUGCUACGUUCUGAUCCUCAUUUUAUUUUCAUUCUUUUAAAAAUAUCCAUUCAUCGGUCUUGUGGAAGAUCGUAGUGCCCACAACAUCACAUAACAUCGGUUCGUUUGGCUCACUCUAAGGAUCGUGUCUAAGAAAGUAUUAAAUCCAUUUGGAAAGAUACUGGUAAUUGCUAAUUGCUCCCAUUUUAUUGAUUCACAUUUUGGAUAAUGUAAUAUUGAUAAACCGAACCUGUCAUGUAUAGAAAUGCUGCAUUUUGUGUUCUGGUUAACCUUUUUUUAUGUCAGUCAAUAAAUUGUCCUUCUGAGCUGCGACUUUGUUUAGUAGUUUGAAUAGAAUAAUCUUUAACUACACGUGGAGUCUUGCCAAUGUUCAUAGGAAAGUUCAAUAGCUUGGAGGCUGAAUUAUAAAGGUUAUGUAGCCAGAAGAACACAAUGUUGUGCGGCUGAAUUCAAACAGAGGCCUUGAACUUGGGUCUAAUUUGAAAAUUUACAGACUUUUAAAGUUUUAUUAAAAUACAACCCUUUUUUA